AUGCCUUUUCCUUUCGGGAAAUCUCAGAAGAGUCCUGCAGAAAUAGUGAGGAGUUUGAAAGAAAAUGUGGCAUACAUGGAAAAGCUGGACGCUUCAGAAAGUAAGAAGUGUGAAAAGGUGGCAGAGGAAGUUUCCAAAAAUUUAUCUUCCUUGAAGGAGGUACUUUGUGGGACAGGUGACAAGGAGCCGCAGACUGAAGCUGUAGCUCAGCUUGCUCAAGAGCUAUACAACACCAACCUUCUCAUUUCACUGAUUGCAAAUUUGCAAAGGAUUGACUUUGAGGGGAAAAAGGAUGUGGUUCAUCUGUUCAGUAAUAUCGUAAGACGUCAGAUUGGCACGCGCACUCCCACGGUAGAAUAUAUCUCCACGCACCAACAGAUUCUCUUCAUGCUUCUAAAAGGAUAUGAGAGUGCAGAAGUGGCCCUGAACUGCGGGAUGAUGCUGAGAGAGUGUCUUCGCCAUGAGCCAUUAGCUAGGACGAUACUUUUCUCAGAAGAGUUCUACUGUUUCUUCCGAUAUGUGGAGCUCUCUACCUUCGACAUAGCAUCAGAUGCUUUUGCAUCAUUUAAGGAUCUCCUUACGAGACACAAGCUUAUGUGUGCUGAUUUCUUGGAGACCAAUUAUGACCGGGUAUUUACAGAAUAUGAGAAGCUCCUACAUUCUGACAAUUAUGUCACCAAGCGACAGUCACUUAAGCUCCUGGGGGAACUACUGCUGGAUAGACACAACUUCACAGUCAUGACAAAAUACAUCAGUCGUGCUGAGAACUUGAAGCUCAUGAUGAACAUGCUAAGAGAUAACAGUCGCAAUAUCCAGUUUGAAGCGUUCCAUGUUUUCAAGGUAUUUGUUGCAAAUCCCAACAAGACUCAGCCAGUACUGGAUAUCCUCCUGAAGAACCAAACCAAGCUGGUGGACUUCCUGAGCCACUUUCAGACAGACCGGUCAGAGGAUGAACAGUUCUGUGACGAGAAAAACUACCUAGUUAAGCAGAUCCGGGACCUUAAGAAGCCCACAGCUCCUGAGGAAGCUUGA